AUGUCUUCCACUGAUACCGCAGCUGGCUCGGCUGCCUCAGGGCUUCUUUCCCAAUAUCAAGCUAAACUUACCCAGGUCUCGACAAGUUCUGUUUUGAUCCAACUAGUUCUUAUGUUUCUUUGUUCGCUGGGAACUCUCUUAGCAUUCUCCAUUCUACGUCCCAAAAACAAGAUCGUUUACAUGCCACGCUACAAGUAUAGUGCCGAAGACAAGCGACCCCCGAAGUUGGAAGAUGGUCUUUUUGCUUGGCUGAAGCCACUGGCGAAAGCUACCGAAGACGAACUACUGGCCCAGAUUGGUUUGGAUGCCGUCGUAUUCUUGCGAUUCUUACGGAUGUGUCGAUGGAUGUGCAGUUUGCUCGCUAUGCUGGCCUGCGCAAUCUUAAUUCCUUGCGAUGUCAUCUAUAAUCUGAAGAUCAUGGACAAGUCACAGUUUCUUAGUACUUCAUCUAACACGCUUGCUAUGGUGAGCAUCAGCAAUGUUCGUGGAUCUUUCCUAUAUGUCCAUGUUGUAUAUGGUUACCUCGUCACUUUUAUCGUGCUUUACGUCAUUUACGUCAACUACAAAACGGUCGUCCGCCUACGAUGGCAGUGGUUUAGAAGUCCUGAGUAUCAAAACGCCAUAUACGCACGUUCGAUCAUGAUGACACAUGUUGGCUCGAAGCAUAUGUCUGAUCCCGGCUUACAGACGUUGCUUUCGCAACUUCAAAUUCCUUACCCAACUACAGCCGUCCACAUUGGCCGUCGGGUCGGGAUGCUUGCAUUUUUGAUCGAGCGUCACAAUCAAACCGUACGUGAUCUUGAGCAGGUUUUGGUCACAUAUCUCAAGGGCGGCAAGAUCUCUGCGAGCCGGCCCACAACUCGAAUUGGUAAAAGCUUCUUGGGCUUUGGAGGUCGAAAAGUCGAUGCGAUCGAUUUCUACACUGCGAAGAUCAAACAAUACGAACUCAGGAUUCAAGCUGCCCGUGAUGCUAUUUCAGCUCGUAAACCGGAAAAUUAUGGGUUUGCAUCUUUUGCAGCAGUUGCCUAUGCGCACGUGGUGGCCAAGAAACUUGGAGCUAAACGGAUCAAGGGAGUUGCAUUCUCUCUAGCACCGCCACCGCAGGACAUCAUUUGGGAAAACCUCACUAAAUCGGACAUCGUAGUUUUUCGUCAACGGGUCAUUGGAGAGGCUUUCAUGACUGUCAUUGCCACAUUAUACGUGAUACCCCUGGUGGCACUUGCCCUGCUGGCCAAUCUAGCAAGUUUGACUCAAUAUGUUGGGUUUCUGAACUCAUGGUCAAUAGCAAGUCCUGAAACCUUUUCCGCUUUUGCCGGCAUUGCCCCACCUCUUCUGAGCACUCUACUCCAAUUGGCGCUGCCUGUGAUCAUGAGAGCGCUUGCAAGGUUCCAAGCGGCCACCACUCAUCAAAAGUUAGAUCGUGCAGUAUUCUCCAGAUAUUUCGCCUUCCUGACCGCCACCCAGUUUCUCAUUUUCUCAUUGUUGGGUGUCGUGUUUUCUACAGUUGCAGAGGUGGUCGUCGAAGUGGGAAAAAAAGAAAGUUUUGCCCGCAUUCUUCAAAAUUUUAACAAGCUGCCCGACAAAAUUCAAAGCACUUAUCUUCAACAAUCCAAUUAUUGGUUAACUUGGUUCCCUUUGCGAGGAUUUACAUCUGUGCUGGAUCUUGUUCAAAUCGUAUCCUUGCUGUUAGUCUUUAUCCGGACCAAAGUAUGGGGUCGCACACCUCGAGAAAUACGGGAAUGGACUAAGCCCCCUGAGUUCGACUAUUCGGUAUAUUCUGCAAACGUACUCCUCAUGCUACUAGUAGCCUUUGUUUAUGCACCGCUUGCACCGCUUGUUCCUCUUCUAGCCUCUGCUGCCUUUUUUGCUAGCUCGUGGAUUUACAAAUACCAGCUGAUGUACAUAUCUAUCACAAGAUGCGAGAGUGGGGGGCGACUAUGGAGAAUGCUCAUCAAUCGGGUCUUGUUUGCUCUGUGCGCAAUGCACGCAUUUCUAUGUCUUACCAUCGGGCUUCAACUAGGAUGGUUCAAGUCAAUCGCAACGUUGCCACCAUUUGCAGUCGUAAUAGCAUUCAAGUUUUUUUUGAAAACGACUUUUGAUUCUAAGUUUACGUGGUACAUUCCCACCGGUCCGGAGUUCUCGCAGGCGCACAAGCACAACGCGGAUGCUCGGAAAAACCGACUGAUGAAGCGAUUCGGACAUCCUUCCCUGCACGCCGAACUGUUUACCCCUAUGAUCCAUAAAGAUCAUCAGUCCCUUUUGUCCGAAGUCUAUCGCGGGCGGAUCGGCGAUCCCGGUGAAGAAGCCAAGAAUGCAGGUGCUCAACCGAAUUUUGGACAAGUCAAUUACGCGGGUGGAUCUGAUGACAAACAGUCUGUGCCUGGUGGACCUCAGCCGGUCGCAGGCGGGCUACGAUUUGCUGCCAUCGCCCAGCACGAUCUUAUGUACUCUCAACAACAGUUCCUCCGAGAGCGCGGUGAUGACGAAAUGUCACUGGCAUCAACAUCUCUUGGAAACUUGGGACACGCAAGGGAAAAUUCAAACGCGCAAGUCCUUCAAAAGGAGCUGAACAUUCAAGGAUAUCUGGAGAAUGGUCCUCGCCCCAGCUUUCACUACCAGGAACGAGGCGGAAAUGGUAGCCGGGCCGCUUCGCCGGCACCACACGAAUACCCUCCUGAAUUUGCGAGCACGGUUGGAUUGCCUUAUCACCUUCCGAACGACAGUUACGGCCCUUCACCUGUUCCCACGCAUAAUGAAUCACUAGAGUUCGAUGGGUUCCAUCCCGGCAUCCCUACUAGUCGACAUUCAACAUAUGGAACAAGCCAAUCACGAUCCACGAGUCCUCUCAUCACCAAUCGCCGACCGCCUGCUUGA